GAAGCGCUCGUGUGAGCUGGUGAUAAGUGUAAUGCUGUAUUAGACCGUAACUCUGGAGCAGCAGACAUGCCUGUAAAGAGAGUGGUGAUAGUCCCGGGGAACGGAGCAGGAGAUGUUCAGCACAGUAACUGGUACGGCUGGAGCAAUAAACACCUCAAUAAGAUCCCAGGAGUGUGCAGUGAGCUGAGGAACAUGCCAGACCCAGUGACGGCCAGAGAAAGCAUUUGGCUGCCGUUCAUGGAGAAAGAGCUGCGGUGUGACGAGGACACGGUGAUCGUCGGGCACAGCUCAGGAGCAGCUGCUGCAAUGAGGUACAGUGAGACCCACAGGGUAUUCGGCAUCAUUUUAGUGGGCGCCUACACCUCUGACCUGGGAGACGAGAAUGAGAGAGAGAGCGGGUAUUUCAACCGUCCAUGGGAGUGGGAGAGGAUCAGAGCAAACGUGAAACACAUCAUCCAGUUCGGCUCCACAGACGACCCUUUCCUACCGUGGGAGGAGCAACAGGAAGUAGCUGAUGGAUUGAAGGCGGAGCUUCAUAAAUAUACAGACCGUGGACAUUUUCAGAACACGCAUUUCCCAGAACUGAUCAGUGCUGUACAGAAACUGAUCACUGCUGGAUAAAGCUAUAGUGACAGCUUUAGUGAAUUUUUAUUUUUUUACCAGAAAAUGUAAAGAAUUCAAUACAAUAACUGGGAUCAAACCCUCAAGUUAAAUGUAUUUUUUUUUUGUCUGACAAGAAUACACCGGAAAACAGGUGGUUGUUUCAGCUUGCCAGUAAAGGUCAUUCUCUUUUUAUUAAAAUUUACUUGGAUAAAAGA